AUGAGUGGUGACCCAUAUUCAGGGGUCAAUGGGGUUAUUGUCUCGGAGCUGGAGAAAGAUGGGAUAUCAAUGGCUAAACUGGCUGUUCAGUGUGAUUUGGCUGGCAAAUAUGACACAGCUCUCUUUUAUUAUGUAGAGGCAGCACAAGCCUUGUUUUUAGCGUCUCAAGCCGGGUCUAAAAUUCCCAACAUUCUCGGUAAAGUACAGGAAUAUACCUCUAGAGCUGAACAGCUGAAACAAAUGGGUAAGUCAUCGUCACCUUUUAAAUCAGAUGAACAGUUAAAUGUAGACCGUGCCAAGUUUUUGUUGAAUCAAGGUUUUGAUGAAGAUGAGGCUGGGAAUACAGAAACCGCCAUAGAUCUUUACAAACAGGCUGUUGAAUUGUUUAUCAAAAUUAAAAAUGGGACCACAGAUUCCUCUCUACAGUCUAAAAUGACAGAAUUGGCCACUCAGGCUUUAGACAGGGCUGAAGAAUUGAAAAAGAAGCCUGAUUUAGUCUCUACUAUGGCAGCAACAAAAAUAAACCCCACCCCUCGUAGGGUCAUUCCAGGGCCAUUAGGGUUCCUUGACCCUGAGGAUGACCCCUCCAUAUCUCACCCCAGAUCUCCGUCCCAACCUAAACAGAGGAACUCAGGAAGUGGAGGCUAUACUAAAGAUGAAAUAGCAGUUUUAAGAAAUACAUCUUUUAUAAAUGGGAGAGAAUAUGUGCCUUUUAUGGAUGUGGAUACCAAAGAUAGAUUUGCUCUUCCAGUCACUUUCUCAGAUAAAGACGGUAAACUAGCCUUAUCACCCAAACAACAUCGUGAUUUUUCACGCUGGGUUCGACCAGAUGAGUUUUGUGAUGAUCCAAAGAUGAUUUUUGCUGUUUCAAGUUUUAGUAUAAAACAGACUGUGGUAUCAGAUUGUAGUUUUGUGGCUUCAUUAGCCAUUAGUGCUCAAUAUGAACGCAGAUUUAAAAAGAAAUUGAUAACUAGCAUCAUUUACCCUCAAAACAAAAAUGGAGAACCAAUUUAUAAUCCAUGUGGUAAAUAUAUGGUCAAAUUACAUAUCAAUGGAGUUCCUAGAAAGGUUGUGAUAGAUGAUUUUUUACCAAUGGGAAAACGUGGAGAAUUAUUGUGCUCCUUCUCGAAUAAUAAAAAUGAAUUAUGGGUAUCGCUCCUAGAGAAGGCUUACAUGAAAGUAAUGGGAGGUUACGAUUUUCCUGGUUCAAAUUCUAAUAUAGAUCUGAAUGCUUUAACGGGUUGGAUUCCAGAACGUGUGGCUAUUAGACUAAAUUCACCAGAAUUCGACAAAGAGAAGGAAUUCAAGCGUCUGUUAGACAGAUUCCAUAAAGGACAUUGCCUGGUUUCUGUGGCAACUGGUGAAAUAUCAGAAGCAGAAGGUGAAAGAGCUGGUCUAGUACCGACUCAUGCGUACGCCAUGUUGGAUAUACGAGAGGUCAAGGGCAAGAAAUUAUUUAUGUUAAAAAACCCUUGGAAUCAUUUACGAUGGAAAGGAAGAUACAGUGAAAACGAUGAUACAAGUUGGACACCAGAAUUACAAAAAACUUUAAAUUAUGAUCCCAAAUCUGCCCAACUCUAUGACAAUGGUGUAUUUUGGAUAGAUUAUGAAUCUAUAUGUCGGUUUUAUGACGUAUUUUAUAUUAACUGGAAUCCAGAUCUAUUUUCACACACAACCUGUUUACACAAUACCUGGUCGGCGAAAUCGGGACCUAAAAAAGAUUCGUACAAUAUCAGUGACAAUCCUCAAUACAGACUUGAGAUCAAAUCACCUGAGUCUUCAGCUGUCUGGAUAUUAUUGACUAGACAUAUUACAGAUAAGGCUGAUUUUGCUGACAAUAAAGAAUUCAUUACAGUAUUAGUUUAUAAAACAGGCGGCAAUCAGGUUUUUUAUCCUUACGACCCACCACCGUAUAAAGAUGGAGUGAAAAUAAAUAGUCCACAUUAUUUAUGUAAAUUAGUUGAACCCAAGGGGACAUCACUCUAUACACUAGUGAUAUCACAGUAUGAGAAGAACAAUACAAUAAGAUACACGCUACGUGUUUACUCUACAGCUGAAUUCAAACUCACCAAAUUUACUGAUCCUUAUCUUACUCAGUUUGAGAAACAUAUCAAUGGAAAGUGGAGUACUAAAACUGCUGGGGGUUGUUCUAAUUAUCCAGAUACACACAAAAACAACCCAAUAUACCAAAUAAAGAUAGACAAUAAUAGAACAGAUAAUUCUUUACUAAUUGAACUCAGAGCUUACAAAUCGUACAGUGUUGGUAUUCAGGCUGUCUGUGUAACAGACAAUGUACCUAAUUCACCAGGAUCUAUUAAGAAAAAACCUUCGGGAGAUUUCAGACCAGGAUAUUGUGUGUUACAGUUAAACAAUCUACCAGGUGGUGUGUAUAAUAUCAUGCCCUGUACGUUCAGACCCGGGCAGGAGGGAGAUUUCUUCCUAGAUAUCAGUAGCUCCGUCCCCUACUCUAUAUCCCACGUACAAUAG